AUGGAGCCCAUAAAGAUUGCAACUCAGCCGGCUAAGAGACGCCGCAUUGGUGUUCUCACCUCUGGUGGAGAUGCUCCCGGUAUGAACGGUGCCGUGCGAGCUGUCGUCCGUAUGGCAAUUCACUGCGACUGCGAAGCCUACGCCGUUUUCGAAGGAUACGAAGGACUUGUCAAUGGUGGAAACAUGAUCCGCCAGCUGCACUGGGAGGAUGUCCGUGGCUGGUUGUCCCGCGGUGGUACCCUGAUCGGCUCUGCCCGCAGCUUGGCAUUCCGUGAGCGUGUUGGCCGUAUGAAAGCAGCCAAAAACAUGGUCCUGAAAGGUAUCGAUGCACUGGUCGUCUGUGGUGGUGACGGCAGUUUGACUGGUGCCGAUGUCUUCCGUGCCGAGUGGCCCGGCUUGUUGUCAGACCUCAUUGCCGCUGGGGAGUUGUCCCCUGAGCAGGUGGAACCCUACAAGGUGUUGAACAUUGUGGGCCUGGUAGGUUCGAUUGACAAUGACAUGUCUGGGACAGAUGCCACCAUUGGUUGCUAUUCGUCCUUGACCCGUAUCUGUGAUGCCGUCGACGCUGUCUUCGAUACUGCAUUCUCCCACCAGCGUGGUUUCGUCAUUGAGGUGAUGGGCCGACACUGUGGAUGGCUUGCCUUAAUGUCGGCCAUCAGUACUGGUGCAGACUGGAUGUUCCUCCCUGAGAUGCCCCCGCAGGAGGGUUGGGAGGAUGACAUGUGCUCCGUAAUUACCAAGAACCGAACCGAACGCGGCAAGCGCCGUACGAUCGUUAUUGUCGCCGAGGGAGCCCAGGAUCGCCAAUUAAACAGAGUGUCGAGCACGAAAAUCAAGGAUAUUCUCACAGAUCGGUUGGGAUUGGACACUCGAGUCACCAUUCUAGGCCACACCCAGCGAGGUGGCGCGGCGUGCGCUUAUGACCGCUGGCUGUCAACUCUGCAGGGCGUGGAGGCCGUUCGUGCCGUGCUAGAAAUGUCGCCCCAGUCCCCUUCACCAGUUAUCACCAUCCGCGAGAACAAGAUCAUGCGCACCCCUCUGAUGGAAGCAGUUCAAGCAACGAAAGAUGUGUCAGCGAAGAUCGACAAAAAGGAGUUCGAUGAGGCCAUGAUGCUCCGUGAUCCUGAAUUCAAGGAGUACUACAACGCAUAUUUGACUACCGCGACCCUGGACGACCCGAAGAUGAUUCUUCCAGAGGGCAAGAGAAUGCGAAUCGCCAUUAUUCACGUCGGUGCCCCGGCUGGUGGUAUGAACCAAGCGACCCGUGCCGCCGUUGCAUACUGCCUGACCCGUGGACACACCCCACUGGCCAUUCAUAACGGUUUCCCCGGGUUGUGCCGUCACCACGACGAUAAGCCAGUCAGCUCAGUCCGCGAGGUCUCUUGGCUGGAAGCUGAUAGCUGGGUCAACGAGGGUGGUUCAGACAUUGGAACUAACCGUAGCCUGCCAUCUGUUGAUAUGGAGAACACUGCCAAGUGCUUUGAGCUGUACAAAUUUGACGCCUUGUUUGUUGUUGGUGGUUUCGAGGCUUUCACAGCCGUCAGCGAACUGCGCAAGGCUCGUGCGAAGUAUGAUGCGUUCAAGAUUCCGCUCAUCGUGCUCCCAGCUACCAUUUCUAACAACGUCCCGGGCACUGAAUACUCCUUGGGCAGUGACACCUGCCUGAAUACUCUGAUCGACUUCUGUGAUGCCAUUCGUCAGUCCGCCUCCUCUUCUCGCCGCCGAGUGUUCGUGAUUGAGACCCAAGGUGGCAAAUCUGGAUAUAUUGCGACCACAGCUGGCCUUGCUGUGGGUGCUGUGGCAGUGUACAUUCCCGAAGAGGGUGUUGAUAUCAAGAUGCUCUCGCGCGACAUUGACUUCCUGCGUGACAACUUCAUCCGCGACAAAGGAGCUAACCGUGCAGGCAAGAUCAUUCUGCGUAACGAAUGUGCGUCCGGCACGUACACUACCCAGUUCAUCGCCGACAUGAUCAAGGAAGAGGCCAAGGGCCGAUUUGAGUCUCGUGCCGCUGUUCCUGGUCACUUCCAACAAGGUGGAAAGCCCUCGCCCAUGGAUCGUGUUCGUGCUAUGCGUAUGGCCAUCAGGUGCAUGCAGCACAUCGAAGGGUAUGCCGGCAAGAGCGGUGAUGAAAUCGCCGAGGACCCUCUCUCUACUGCUGUGAUUGGCGUCAAGGGCUCACGUGUGCUAUUCUCCCCCAUGGGUGGCGAAUCUGGACUGGAAGCUACCGAGACUGAUUGGGUGCGCCGUCGCCCCAAGUCCGAGUUCUGGCUUGAACUGCAGGAUGUCGUCAAUGUUCUUUCCGGACGCACCCACGCUGGCAACAAGGAAAGCUGGUCUUGCUAUGAGAGUCAUCCUUCGACAGUCCGAUCCGUCCCCUCGAUUCCCGGCUCCCCUUGA